AACCUUCCAUUAGCCAAGCAAAAACAUAUUCUGCAAGUGACAGUACUCAUCAGCGACAAGAAAUGCAACCACCACAGCAACAGUCAACUUCGUCGUUUAACAUCAUGUCGAUAUUAAAUCCGGCUCCAUCACCGCCGUCUAAUAGGUCCCAAACUGUAUCAGGAUCACUGCAACAAGAUUUAAAUGCGCACCCGGUCUUACCACCAGCUUCGUCAAUGACUCAACAAACAUAUUACCAGUCAAAUCCUCACUCACAACCUCAGACUCCAACUUUUCAAUUACCCUAUAAUAACAAUCUUCGGCUUCCACCACCGUGCACAUCUCCAACUUUUCCGUCAUUUCCAAGUUCUUCAAAUUCACCAGUAAAUAUUUAUAGCUAUACACCUCAAAAAUCAACUUUCUCACCAGUUGGCUUCAACACCUCUAGCAAUGGUACUCCUUUGUCACCAGUUAAAACUAGUCCUUCAACUCCACUGACUAAUGCGCCAACUGUAUUACAGUCGUCUCAUGUAUUAACGCCCAAUGAAAUAUCAAUACCAGCUACCCCGAUCACUGCUUAUAAUAAUAGAAGUCCCUCUUUAAGUCCAACCAUUCAGGAACAAGAUGUUACCGCAUCAAUAAAUAAAAGUAACCAUCACAAUAGAAAUAGUCCCGAGGUUAAUCAAGUCACUGUUGCCACCCCCACUCCUGUAUUGAGCGAUUCUUGUGGACACUUGACGAAAGACCAACCUCCUACUCCUAUUCUUACUCCUGUGGAGUUUAUUGGCCAGCCUGUACAGAAAUCAGGAUAUCUGCAUCAAAAUCUUAAUCCACCCCUUAACGCAGUGAUGACUGAAAAUUCUUCUGAAUUAGAACAAUUGGCUAGUACGGCACUUUGCGAACUCCAAAAUUCACAAAGAAGAGAGAUCAUACAUAACGAAGAAGCCAGAACUGGUAGAGAAUCAGAUGUGUUCUCUGAUGAAGGUCACGUUUCGCAUCCUACAUCUCCAUUUGAAGAGCGUACGCCUAUUAAAAAUAUGGUGUCACCUAUUUCAUAUGAGAGUACGACAGGAAGUACACCAGCACCACCACAAACUGAUUCAGAAUUCCCACAAUAUGAUUACGAUGAAUCCAUGAAAGGAUUUAUUGAAACUACCGAUUCGGACAGUGCAGCCGAAGAACAAUCUAAAUCUGAAUUUACACGAAUUAAUAAGACAUCACAUGUUAAGGGUAAAGAUUUACAAAAUAAACGUAGAUAUAAAAUCAGUCAGAAGAAUCAUGAAGAGGUCUCUUCUGAUGAUACAAGUUCACGUCAACGUAAAUCCGGAACAAGGCGGUCUAAAACUACAUCGACAAAAAGAAAACUAUCGUUAACGUCCGAUCGUUCUUACAAAGACAACAACAAGAGACAAUUUCGAUCAAGAACUACGUCCAAUAACAGCAGUCGUAAUGCUUCACCAGGUUUGGAAUCUACAAGAAAUACAAAUGCUGAAGAGAUGAUCAUUGAUGAAUCAGAACGGGUAGGGGAGCAGCUUUAUUGUGUCUGUAGGUCAUCUGACGGCCAAUCAUUUAUGAUUGAAUGUGAUAAAUGUGAUGAAUGGUUCCAUGGUGCUUGUGUAAAAAUAUCAGCCGAAGAAUCAUUAAUGGUGGACAAAUUUUAUUGUCCGAAUUGUACAG